AAAUAAUAUAUACAUUGUAAUGAGUAUUGUUCGUGCAUUCAACUGAUUAUGCAUUACUUCCGGCAGAAGACAUUAGUCAGUAGUUUGCGGAACGCCUCAGCGCGUAGAUUUGUUCUCUCGAAAAAUACCGAGUGAUAAAACGUUUAAAAAAGUAGUGUAAAAUGACGAAAUAUAGUUCGUGAUAUGAAAAUACAGUAGCUAAAUGUCACGCUAUAUUGUUUGAACGAAGUUAAAAAUCUGUCCGUCACGGUUGUCAGAGAUACGAAUGUUGCGCACAGUGGUCCGGACUGACAGCUGGAAGAACGCGAAACAGCAGUGGCAGAACAUAGUUGACAGGAUAGGCAGACAAAGACAGAGCAGCGGGGGAGGGGGUAGGAGAACAAGAGGCGGUAUGACACGACCUCCUAAUAAUGACAACCUUAUGACCUUCAAGUUGGUCGUAGUUGGAGAUGGAGGAGUUGGAAAGAGCGCGCUUACCAUACAGUUCUUUCAAAAAUUAUUCGUUACCGAUUAUGAUCCUACCAUCGAAGACAGUUACAUUCAGCAUACAGAGGUAGACAAGCAAUGGUGCAUUUUGGAUGACGUGGCGGCCUCGGUGGAGGUCCACUUCGAGAACAAGGACGGCGGAUUCUUCUUGAAACAUACACCGAGGCAAUAUUAUCCUGUCAGAGGAGAUUCGGUUCCGGCGAUAUCUCCGUCGACGGGAACGUCGUCGAGCGGCAACGCUGGAAUCCCAUCGGCCCCGGCCGGUUCGGUCCUCUCGAUAGACAAGUUUACGGUCUUUCGCUACAUAGUUCCGGAUCCGUUGGACGCGUUACCGGGACCGGAAACCAGACGAAACCUAACGGCUGCGACGAUCCUGGACGCGCAAGAGUUGGGCGCUCGUCACCUGGACAUGUCCGCUCAUCUGGUGGGAAACAGCAUACCGCGUGACUCGCCGGUGCUAAGAGUACUCUUUCACGCCGGAAGCGAGGCGGGCGGAAGGCGUCAGUUUUCCGGUCGGGUCAAGGUCGCCAAGAGCCUGCCAAGGCUCGUACAGGUCGCGUACUCGGUACUGGAGCCUCGAACAGAGGAGACUGGCUCCGUGGACAGCGGGGCCGGCUUCUGCAGACCCAGAGUACAAAUACAGCCGGUCACGCCGCUCGGACAAAUACCUUUGGCUCCGAAUCGAGCCGAUUACAAGGAACUCAAGGCGGACGACUCGCUGACUUUGCUGGUGCCGCAUGGACCCCUCUAUCCGAGGUCUAGAUUACACGUUCCCGCGUUCCUGCAUCCGUCCAAGGCUACCGAUCCGAGACAGGACAGGCCGCCCCUCAUUAUCGGCGUUUACUUGAGAGCCAGAGUGAAAUCCGGGAUAAAGAUCCUAGACGCGUCGCCGAGCAAUCCGGACUGGAUCGUCGAUAGCGAGAUCAACGCGAAGAACACGGUCGCAACGUUCACCGCGAGACGAAAGGAGGACGCUUCGCGAGUACCAAGCGCGUCUGCCGAGGAGAUUUUGACGAUGCUUUUGGAAGCGAGCGAAGAAGGAGUGGAAGGAAAUUGGGACGGAGGUCGUAUCGUGUGGAGCGUGCGUUACGCUUACGAGGGUGAAGACGACAACGACUCUCAGCUGAAUGGGAUGGAUCAGCUGCAGCAGAGGUUGCAGCAGCGGCAGAUGCAACAUCAUCAUCAUCAUCAUGCAGAGAGGCGGAAGCUUCAAGCGCGUCUCGAGAUACAGAAAGACGACAUUCAAGCGGUACUGCCUAUUUCCAAGAACUGGGAGGUGAUGAACACCGCCGUGUUGACGGGACGCCAAGUGUCCCAAGGGAUGAAGGUCUUUAUCGUGAGCCAAGCCGGAACCGUGGCCGACGUUACCCUACAAUCCUCUUGUCACUCCGAGGACGAGAGUGUGCUCAAGGUAUCGUCCUCUUGCAGCAGCGUGUACGUUGACGGCACAGAAAUCCGAGGUUCCAGCAACGCGUCGGUGUUCGUCAAGUACGGAACGUACACGGGCCUAGCCAGGUUCACUGUCUGGAUGCCCGAGUUUCCUCUGGAAGUGACGGUCGGCGACACCAGACUGAGUCAGAUCAAAGGUUGGAAGGUCCCCGAAGAACACGCGGCCGGUGCGAAAAGCAAACGUAGUUUGAACGCGACCAACUCUCGAGUCGAUCAAUCCCCGACGAAAACGAAAAAGAGAAGCGCAACCGAAUUGGAGGAUUCACUGGAGGACACUUCGAUGGACGUCGAGGAUGCGGACGUGAUCCUCGAGGAGGACGAACAAGAGGAAAGAUUUCGAGGGAACGAGCACGGCUGGGACACGAUCAAUUCGAUCGACAGAGGAUCUUCGACCAACUGUAGACUCCGAUUUCAGCAAAGUCCGGUCGAGGUCCACGCGAGGUUCCUCGCUACCGAUCACGACUCCGGAAGAGUCUCUUAUUUCGUGAAUCGCCGCACAUGGUUACGCGUGACCGAUUUGGUGAUGGGUAUGCUUCGAGUCUCGGAUCCUAGAAUAGCGACUCUUUUGCAAGGAAGGAUCGUUCAAGGACGCGGAGUGGGCAGAACGGAAGUGCAGGUACUUUCGCCGAUUACCGGGCGAGUAAUCGGCGCGAAGGAAGUACGAGUGGGCAACGAUCGUGUAGCGGUUACUCGACUGUUUGUCAAAGUCGUGUCCGGUCUGCAGCUCACCAUCAGUCCGGAUACCGCUAUCGAAAAUGGAUACGUGGCGGAGACCUCGGUCACGAGGAGACUUACUGCUCAGUAUCAGGAGGGUCUGCUGGACGUGGACGUGGAGUUUUCGGAUGGAACCAAGACGCCGUUGAGAGAGAUCGCUGUCAGCGAUUAUUACUUGUUGGUGGAGAGUCUAGACCCCGAAGUAGUGGCGUUCGCUCCGAUGGUUGCCUCCCAUCAUCCCCGAGUGAUCGCGGUCGGCGAGGGACGGGGUGAUUUGUUACGAGUCAGUCUUCAGCUGGCGCAUACCUGUCGUUCAACCGGCAGGAGGUCUGGAAAAGCUUCUCAAAGGACCACCGCAGCUACCCUCGCAACAGCUUCGGUCAACGUCGAAGUGGAUUUUGCCUCGAGCGAUCUUCCUAAUCGACCAGAAUUCGUGCAGAACGACGGAGGAGGAACCGUCGGUUCUCAUCAUCACAGGGAGAGGAAAACCAGCAGGGGAGAAAUGGCGCCUGAUCUUCACGACAUUUUGAUCGGAGGCAUGGGUGGCGUUGGAAUACGGCAUCACGGGGGCGCACGGAUGAGUCCACUCGAGAUCGGAAUGUACGUUCUGCUGGCGGCCUUCUGUUUCGCUAUCGUCGUUUUCGUCGUUUCCUGCGUGGUCUACGCGAGCAAAUUCAAGCCUCAGCCGCCCGAUUCGCCGUUAGGCGGGUCCGCGCUUCCGGUUCUUUCUGGAGCAGCGAGGGCCAGAGCAGCGGCCAACCAGCUGGCAUCGGGAAGAAGGCCUCCUAGGGAAUCUACCACGAACGCUCACGAUUGGGUUUGGCUGGGACGCGCCACGCUCGAGAGGGCUGCUUGCGGACCCCAACAGGUACGAGUAACCAGUAAUCCUCUUGCCGGUGAAAACGAAGGGGACUCGAGCGAAAUAGCGACUUCCUUCGACAAUCCGAAUCACAUCGAACUACCGUCCGCGGGCCAACGAAACAACGGAUCCGGAAGCAACGGUCCGAUAGACACGACGACCUACAGCAAGAGGGACAAGUUUCAGCGAAACAGUUUCGCUUCUAAGGCCGCGACGAAGCCAUCGACCGUGGUAACCGCGACCACGGUGACCACACCCGCGUCCAUGGCAACGUCCACCGUAACAACCACGCGAAACGACAACGACGACAUUCCGCCGCCUCUACCCCCGCACGGAGUACCCGUGACGAGCUCGGCAAUGGCCUCUUCCGCGAUCCCGGUCGUUCCUCUGGUCGGCGCGAUCGCCGGCAACAACAACAACAACAAUAGCAACGAAGACUAUAAACCACCGGUACCGCCGCACAGGAAUACGGGAGUGAUAGUACGGGUACCGGAAACCCCGAGGAAACACCGUCACAGGGCGUCGAGCGGUAGCGCGGGCAGCGGCCACCAAGGGAACAACCAGCGGCACAGCAAACAACAGAUGCAGCAUAUCAAGCCACACGGUAAAGCUAGAGUAGGUAGUCCGAAAGAGAACGGCGCGGAGGAGGAGGAAGAGUUCGUGGAGCUAGCGAAUCACGAUGACAACAGGCAUCCGAAAGACGCGAGAAGCAGAGAGGUGAAGAGGGCGACGAUCGUCGGUAAUCCAAUGUUCUCGUCGUUCUCAACGUCCGCAGUCGCCUCUUCGAUGAACGUGUCCAGUCCUACCGUGGCUUCUUCGUCCUCUUCGCCACCUAACUCGUCGCCGUCCUCCUCUUCCUCUUCCUCCUCGUCCUCGUCCUCUUCGUCCUCGUCCGCGUCCUCGUCUCACGAACAAGAAGAAUCGGUGGCGCUGGACGACCUCAAUCUGGGCAUGGACUACAACCAGAUCAUGCAGUACUUCGACAACCUGAAAGAGUCGAACGCCUAGGUAAUGGCGUUCGGCCUUCGAGAAGGCCGAGUAGUCAACGUCGAUGCGAAACCCCGGAAUCCUCGUUGAAAAGGCGAAGAGGACGCGGCAGCAGCCUGGUCCUCGUUCUCCGCUUCCUUUCUCGCUGGUAGCACGUUCGCGAUGGAGAACGAUCGAAGGCCGGCCGCUUUCCGGAUAUUUCGUAUUCUAGGCUAUAAUCUAGUCAGCUUCCUAGCAGCACAUCAAGAGUAUCGCGCAAACGCAUCGACACGUAAACACGCGCUGAAAGAGAGAGAUGCGCGCGUACAUGGUACGUAAAUAAAUUCAUGUAUGUACACGCGUGUACAACGACGAGCGUGUGCGCACCACACACGACACCACAGCGUAUACACACACGCAGAGGCUUUAAAAGAUGCGAUCGUCGGUUGCCGGCGGGGUAGGUAGAUCGCGCCACUCCGAUUCGACCAGCUUUCUUCUCUUUUCCCGGCGAUCGAUCGACCGCCGAUCCUCGCUUCCGCCUCCGUGCACUAUCGAUCUCUCGCUCAAUCCCUUUCCUCGCGGCGAUCGAACGCGUACCUUUCGUUCCCGCCACGGCGACAGGGCCAUUCACUAAAAGAAAAAAAAAGUGGUCGUACGAAACCGACUCUUUUGUUUCGAAAUCGAUCUCGACUUCGAUAAAGCCACGGCUCUUAGCUUUAUUCGUUUUUCAAUGCUUUCCGUUGUUCAUUCACCAUCUAUCUGAUAGCAGAAGAAGCUUCGCGAUUUUCUUUUAGCGGUUCUUACGUAAUUAUUAUUUCUUUUUUUAUCGAACAAUCGUUAGCCUAGUCUUCCUAGCCUAGUUAAAACCAAAACGAAAUCGAUGUCGCGACUCAACGAUGUCGGAUGGCCAUUCACUUUAAGCGAUCUGCGUCGGAGGAAACGUAAUAUUUAUUCGAUCGUCCGUACGUCGUAAUGUUUGUAAAUUUUGCUUUGUAAGACUGUGUACAUAUAUACAUUACGUAAUUAUAUAUAUAUAAAUAUAUAAGCGACCUAGCGCAUGUUAACGAUGGACUGUAAUGGAUUUAAACGGUUGCACUUUUAUGACAGCCCGUACAGCUGAGCGGAAACGCGAACCGGGACCGCUACCGCGUUUCUAUCUCGCAGCAUUCUCCUCUAAGCUUUCCGACCACGUUCCAAGUAAUUUUAUACGAAUUCAAAGUCAUUCCAUACAUUUAAUUUUCUUCGUUGUACGACAUGCAUACAUGUCGUUGAAGAUCGAUUCGUGACCUACACAAAGAGAUCGAAGACUAAUUCUUCGAUUUAUCGCUUUUAUUUUUUGCGUUUCGGAUCGCUAACGUAACCUCGACAGAAUUAAAAAAUCUCUAGAUCUAAUUGUUAUCUAAAGUACUAGUUAUCGGCAUGAUCGAUCGACGCGUCACGUCGCUGAUAAUCGAAAAACAAAGCGAAAACGAUAAUAACACAAAUAAAGACUAUUAACGGGAAAUUAUUAACCGACUCUCGAAUCAUUAAUUGAGAAACGCUAAUCUAGAGUGCUCCGCAGCGGUCCUGAGCGCUGUUCCGCUAUCGCUUUUUAUUACCAUUCAUUCCUCGAACGAAUUUCGCAAUUAUUCGCGUACGCGUUCUCGAUCCGAGUCGCGCGUCGCCAUCGUAUGACACGUGUUUUCUUCGCGUGAACGUAAAGCGCAAUCGCAUGUGUGCCAUCGUUAGUGUUACAUCGCAUAAACCACUGACUCAUCAGAGAGAACGAGUGAAUGCGAGUGUGAAAGGCUGAAUGAAAGUAACAGACAUGCAAAAUACACGCACACCUUACAGCCAGCGUUCUUCCGCACCAGUUUUAAUUUCCUGUUGCGAAUCCAAUCGCGAGCUUCGUUAUUCCCCGCGAUUAGUACGUAAACGAUUACCGAAGCACGAGAUUUAUCGAUUUAGCGACGCAGGUCAACUCCGAUUCGAACAGGUAUGAUAUUUUAUGCUGAAGACUGAUGCGACGAAUAGAACAUUCUUGUACUUUUCCGUAAUACGUUCGAGUCAUCGAUGUUUUAUAAUAAGACGACACUCAAAAGUGUAAAUUUCUUUUCUAGUUCUUGUACAUACGUAGGCUACGAAAUUUUACUUUUUUAUACCUGUCCCUAUUAUUUUAUUUCCAUAACGACGAGUUACCUGUGCGUUAAAAGCUGAUUCGAAAUAAGCGAGCGACGUACUCCGAAAAGAUUAGCCAGCAGGUGUGCCAUGAACAAAACGAUCCGAUCUGUACGAAAUCAAGAAUCCCUGAACAGCUCACCCUAUCUUAUAUAGGCGUCUAAGGACUACGUGUCUAAGUAUGUAUGUAUCUGUUAGUUGUGUGUUAGCACAUCCAAGCGUGGUAUAUAGUGAUAUAACGGCGACGAACACGGUGAAAAAGAGAACGGACAUCCUGAUCAACGCCCAGAGAUCGUCGAUGCCACCCAUGCACGUUAACCCUUCGCGACUUAACGUCGACGCUGUCAGAGUUAUUUUCUUUCGAUUCGGUAAAUUGUAUACGGACACCCGAAACAACGCGUCGCUUCGUUUCGCCAAUUUCGUACGUUCGAGAGACGUUUCGCGGUCGAUGUCGAAGGGUUAAAAAGUGAUGGAGAAAAAUGCAAGAUACCCCGCCGAGAAUCUAGUCUUAUAGCUUAAUCAACGCAUCAUUAUUAAUACUAAAAAACGCGAAGCGCGAUCUACGUUGCCUUUCGCCCGACUAGUGCACGUAUCCCCGAAAACGAUCUAACGGGGAGGAAGUACCGUCGUUUCGCGAUUCCGUGUGUCACCUGUACUUUCCAUUUGUUCGCGGAGGCAUCUCAUUGUCAGCGAGACGACGGAACCGUGAACGAAUCAAUCAUAUCGAGUACAGUGAGUGAGAUACGCGCUAAUUACUCCUAAUCUAAUCGUACCGCCGAAGGAACCUCGUCCUUCGACGAAUUCUGGGACGAGGAGUCCAGUGCAGAGCCGGACAAAAAUAGUAUUUACUAUUUAGAAAAUAGUGGAGAGAGAGAGAAAGAGAGAGCUUGCGUUGAAUGUUCGCUUGUUUGCAACUGAUACCGAUGUUUACGAAAAAAAUAAGAGAAUUCGCGAGACCGCACCGAGUCGCCUCUGUUACAAUAUCAACGUACAAACGAUCUAACAGUUACUAUUUUUUACUUAGAAUACUAUUUCCUCCAGCUCUGGCCGACGGCCGCAAUUGUAUAUACACAGACACACACAGACACACGCGCGAGCGCGCGCGCAUACACACACACGUACAGACACGCGAAUUUCCUUGUUUCUUGUUCGAAACUCACACGGUUCCGAAAAGGAACCCCGACGCGGUGUGUUGCGCUUCGAAAAGUGCUUAUCGUACUUGUAUCCGUUCGCUCGAUCAUUCCUCUCUGGCCACGACGCUACAAGCUACUAUUAUCAAUUACUAGCGCUAUUAAAACUAUUACUAGUUUUCCUGUUCGCGUUCGAUCGCUACUGCUACGAUACGAUACGAUACGAUCGAACGGAGGAACCAGUCCAGAGAGCACGAUGCAACGCCGAAUUUUAUAUACAAAGUCGAAGAGAGUUUUGUUUAAAGCGAUAACAUAUCCGUUGGUCCCCAUGGACUGAAGUGUCUGAAAGAUGCUUCGAAAUCGAAACUGCCGGUCUCUCUUUUCCCCUUUUUUUAUUUUUGAUAAGUUCCCACCGAUCAGGGAGGAUUCUUAAAUAUAUAUAUAUAUAUAAACGUAUAUCGUAAUAGAAUAUCGUCGCAAUGCUGAGACUCUGCAUUCACACACAUUCCUCAGACACGAUGUCGCUGUAUCUACGUUUAAGUGUGAUAAAUGCGGAUAAAACGAUCGACGAAGACGUCGACGGCAAUAAUCGACGACGACGACGACGCUUGCGAGCAAAAACGACGAGGACGGCGAUGACGAAGCGUCCACGACGACAAUAGCAAUAAUCGACGAUGCUUUUCUAGCCGAAUUAAUCUGUAUCGCUAAUAGACAUUAUCGUUCAUGUAGCCGGCUCGUAAUCCUGUGAUGGCGAUCAUUCUUCGUACUUAUCCUCUAUUAUUGUAUUACGAUUACCGAUAUUCUUCUUCUAUCGAUCGCGCGAUCAUCGUUGCUGUUAUUGUUAUUGUUAUUGAGAUUGUUGUUGUUGUUGCUGCUGUUGUUAUCGCUGUUUUCACCGUGCUUAACCCGUCGUUGGUGUUGUCGUCGUGGCGGACGUAGCCAUCGGCACAUCGGCAUCGGCGUAACCGAUACGCUAAUUAAACAAUAAGAUACGACUAUCGCCUACUCAAUGUACAAUAUGUAGUAUUUACCUGUUGUUACCACCAAACCGUCAUCAAAGAUAUAUAAAAUAUUGUAAUUGUAACAUA